UAAUUGUAAUUCGCACCUCUCCUCUCUCUAUUCUACUCGCAGCUCCGCUGCUUCCAUCUCCAUCGAGAUGGCGUACACAGCUCCACCUUCUCGCUCUGUCUUUCUCGGCGUUGACGUAGGCACUGGCAGCGCUCGCGCAGGUCUUUUUGAUGAAAACGGAAAGCUUCUAGGUUCAGCUAGUAGCCCUAUACAAAUUUGGAAGGAUGGUGACUGUAUUGAGCAAUCCUCGACAGAUAUCUGGCAUGCAAUUUGUGCUGCUGUGAAAUCAGCAUGUGCCCUUGCAAAUGUUGCUUGUGAAGAAGUAACUAGUUUGGGAUUUGCGGCUACUUGUUCUCUAGUUGCUGUGGAUGCCGAUGGUUCUCCUGUUACAGUUUCUUGGAGUGGUGAUGCAAGGCGAAAUAUAAUAGUAUGGAUGGACCAUAGAGCUGUAACACAAGCUGAACGAAUCAAUUCUUCUAACUCACCAGUACUGCAGUAUUGUGGUGGGGCCCUUUCCCCUGAGAUGCAGCCUCCGAAGCUUUUAUGGGUCAAAGAAAAUUUGAAAGAGUCUUGGUCAAUGGCAUUUAGGUGGAUGGAUUUGAGCGAUUGGUUAUCAUACAGAGCAACUGGAGAUGAUACUCGGAGCUUGUGCACCACAGUGUGCAAAUGGACAUAUCUUGGUCAUGCUCACAUGCAACAAAUCAACGAGAAAGACUCUAGAAAUAUGGAAGCUUGUGGGUGGGAUGAUGACUUCUGGGAGGAGAUUGGCUUGGGUGACCUUGUAGAAGGGCAUCAUGCUAAGAUUGGGCGGAGUGUUGCAUUUCCUGGCCAUUCUCUGGGUUCUGGUCUUACUCCGGCUGCUGCGAAGGAGCUGGGGCUGGCAGUUGGAACUCCUGUUGGAACUUCAUUGAUUGAUGCUCAUGCUGGUGGUGUGGGGGUAAUUGAAAGUGUCCCUGCAGCCGAAUCUGAGGCUAAAGGAGAUGACAAUGACGCCAUAUGCCAUCGUAUGGUGUUAGUCUGUGGAACAUCCACAUGCCAUAUGGCUGUAUCCCGGAGCAAAAUUUUCAUUCCAGGGGUUUGGGGACCUUUCUGGUCAGCGAUGGUACCCGAAUACUGGCUUACCGAAGGUGGUCAAAGUGCGACUGGUGCUUUAUUGGAUUAUGUAGUUGAGAACCAUGUCGCUUCUCCUCCUCUUGCGAACCGUGCUGCUUCUCAAAGGAUUUCCAUAUUUGAGCUGUUAAACAGGAUAUUGGAAUCAAUGAUGAAUGACUUGAAGGCUCCUUUCCUUGCUGCCUUGACUAGAGAUAUACAUGUCCUUCCUGACUUCCAUGGGAACAGGUCGCCCAUUGCAGAUCCAAAAUCAAAGGGGAUGGUCUAUGGCUUAACACUCGAUAAAAGUGAAAGACAGCUAAGUCUUCUAUACCUUGCUACAGUCCAGGGUAUUGCAUAUGGAACACGCCACAUUGUGGAGCAUUGCAAUUCACAUGGGCACAAAAUUGACACACUUCUUGCAUGCGGUGGACUUGCCAAGAACCCCUUGUACAUUCAAGAACAUGCAGAUAUCAUUGGUUGUCCAUUAAUUCUUCCUAGAGAAAGUGAGUCUGUUCUCUUGGGAGCAUCCAUUCUUGGAGCGGUUGCUGCAAAGAAGUAUUCAAGUCUCCAUGAUGCAAUGAAGGCACUGAAUGCACCUGGCCAGGUCAUCUAUCCUUCUAAGGAUCCAAGGGUAAAGAAGUACCAUGAUGUCAAAUAUCGGGUUUUUCGGGAGCUUUAUGAGCAGCAGCUGUCUCAUCGUAAAACCAUGGCUGAAGCAUUUGCGUAGAUGCUUCUGUUGCUGAAGGUUAAACCAUUCACUAUUCAGAUAUCCAGCAGUGGUUUAAAUGUAGAAUAGCAGCUCAGGAAUGAAUUUUUGCUGCACAAAACCUGUUCACUGGU